AUCCCAAUUCUUUUCUCUUCGGAUGAAAAAAAAAAGUUUCAUUAUGGCCACAAGAAUACCUCCAGAAAUUUUACAUACAAUUUUUAAAGAGUUGGAGAAUCAUCAUUUAUCAAAAUAUAUACUUGUUUCAAAAUAUUGGUGUUCAAAUAUUUUACCAAUAUUAUGGAGUAAUCCUUUGGAAAAAAUGUAUUGGCAAUAUCAUUAUCGAAUAAUUGAAGUAUACAUUUCAUGUCUGAAUAAAGAAUCAAAACAAAUUUUAAGAGAACAUAAUAUCAUACACGAAGCGACAAAAGAGAGUUUUAGUGCUACGUAUGAUUAUACACAAUAUUUAAGAGAAGUUGAGUUUAACGGAUUAUAUGAAGCAUGUGGAAAUUGGUUACAUCUUAUUAGUGAUAAUGAUUUAAAUCCUUCAUAUAAUAAUAACGAAGAAGAAGAAGAAGAUGAUGAUGAUGAAAAUCAUGAUGAUGGAGAAGAUUUUGCUACAAGGUUAUUUAACAAAUGUUUUCAUUAUGCUAGAUUUAGUGAAAGUAGAUUAUCUGAUUCGAUUAAAAAAUCAAAAAAAGAUAAUAUUUAUGAUAAGCAAUUACAAAGUAGAAUAAUAUUUAAAGAAGUAUUAAAAUUAUUCGUG